UUUCGUCGUCGAGGGCAGCAAUCUAGCAGGCUAGGACAACGGCUAAUAAUAGCCCGGGUUUUGGGGUGCCGCCGUACCUGUAUACGUAUGUAGCGGCGAGCGAAAGGCAACGGCAACGGCAGCGGGAGCAGCAUCGUCGGCACCAGCGACGGCAUCGGGCGGCGCAAGAAGAAGAAGAAGCAGGAGGAGAGCCAGUGGAAAAUCUGAGCUAGCGCGGUGACGGUCCGCUGCUUCUUUAAAAGAUCGUUGUCGGUCGGUCGGUCGGUCGCGUACCGCUCGCUCCCCGUCUCGCGACUUUUUCGUCGUCCUCGAUUUCUCUCUCCCGUGUUUCCGCUUGCGCCCCGUGCUCCGACUUUUUCCAAUUUGUUUUUUUUUUUUUCUGUUUUUUUUUCUCGUUUGGUUUCGUCUUCUUCUUCUUCUUCUCCUCCUUCUUCUCGAUAUCUUUUCCCUUUUAUUGUUCUCUCUUUCUCUCUCUCUCUCUCUUUCUCUUGCCGCAAUUCUUCUUCCGAACCCCACGAUCUUCCGUUCGAGAGUUUCACAAGCGAUAUCGCAAGCCCGUUUGAAAAUAUUUUCCCUCCCUCCCUCCAUAUUUAGUCUACGUAACAUGUUUCCUCUCUAUCUUUUUCUCAUCUAUUUUCGAAAGCUCUUCUAAUUCUCUCUCUCUCUCUCUCUCUCUCUCUCUUUCUUUCUCUGUCUAUCUCUCCGCUUCUUUCGAGCGCGCUUUCCGUUGUCCCGUCUCCUUUCGAAAAGCGAGGGAAUUUUGGGCGCACUUUUCGAAAAAAAAUACCAGAUUAAAGAAGAAAAAAAAAAAAAACCCCUCCCGAGUGAAAAACGAGGAACUAACUGGUAACGGAGAGUAACAGGGGGGGAAGGUUUGUUCGCGUGUGCCGUACAAAGUUUUUCGAAGCAAUACACGAAAGAUAAAGAAAUGUAAUUGAAAGAAAGACAGAGGAAAAUGAAGAAAUGAAAUCUCAACGGUGUACGCGAAAGAUCAGUGUCGUGUUUCCGUUGUCAAAAUAAGACAAAUAAUAACGAUGUUAUAAAAAGAUCGUAUGCUAUAAUAGAAGAAAUACGUCAUCGUCGUCAUCAUCUUUCGUAUCGUCAACAUUUAUUAUCAAGGGCGGGCAACGCGAAUUAAACGAUCUAUAAUUAAAACGGACUAUAAAACAAAAACCUAAAAAAGAGAAACGUUCAAAUCCCACCGUAAAGCGUGUAAAGGAGAAUAUCGAGUACCGACGCAAUGCCGAAUCUCAUGUUGCCGCGUAACGCUGCCGGUAUAUUUUUAAUCAUCGCCUAAGUUGCGACAUCGAACAAACAAACAACGAAAGCUAAUCAAUAAACCGAUCGACCGAAUCCUCGUUGAAUCGAUACGAGUCGAAACGGUGCGCGUGUGUGUGAAAAACAAAAAAAAAAAAAAAACAUACAUUAACGUGCACUGCACCCGCUGCAGAUGAGUCGGAAAUAUUAUACGAUAAAAGAGGUGGAAGAGGAGGUAUUCCGCGACCACUUCGCCGCGGUCCUCUUGUUACUUUUGCCCGCACUAUCGAGACGCAUUACCUUCCCACCUAAGGCGACGUCACGCUUCUGACCACCCGAAAACGUCGAGGGUCGCCGAGCGUUCGACGAAAACAUAAACAGGGAGGAUCGAGACGAGAGGGCGAAAUAAAUAAAUAGAGAGAGAGAGAGAAUCGAUUCCGCACCGUUUUGAGAAAAGAGAUCGGGUCGAAGGUCGAGAACUCGUCGGAGGAAGAGAAAUCGGACGUCGAUUUCGAGAAUCCCGCCGCUGCCGAUGAGAGCGACUCCUCGCCGUCGUCGUCGUCUUCACCGUAGUCGUCGGGAGUUUUUAUUAUUUUCCAACGGCUGCAACCGCUUCCUCUGAGGGAAACGAACGUUACAUACCGCAGAGCUACGGUAGUGCGCUUACAGCGGCCAACGUGCUUCUCCACUAUUCGAUGGAUGAGUUCCAUCCGUUUAUAGAAGCUUUGCUACCUUUCGUCAAGUCAUUCUCGUACACGUGGUUCAAUCUACAGGCGGCUAAGCGGAGAUAUUAUAAAAAACACGAGAAACGAAUGAGCCUUGAAGAGGAGAGACAGUGCAAGGAGGAACUUCAGAACGAAAAGUUGGAGGUCAAGCAGAAAUGGGCGUCGAGAUUGUUGGGAAAAUUGCGAAAGGACAUCACUCAGGAGUACAGGGAGGACUUCGUGUUGAGCAUAACGGGGAAGAGGCCGGCCAUGUGCGUCCUCAGUAAUCCCGAUCAGAAGGGAAAAAUGCGCAGGAUCGACUGUCUGCGUCAGGCCGACAAGGUCUGGAGACUCGAUCUCGUCAUGGUGAUCCUCUUCAAAGCUAUUCCUCUCGAGUCUACCGACGGCGAGAGAUUAGAAAAAACGGCAGAAUGCGCCCAACCUGGCCUCUGCGUAAACCCUUAUCACAUCAACGUCUCCGUCCGAGAGUUAGACCUUUACUUGGCUAACUUCAUCACCAGCCACGAGGUUCUCAACGGGAUCUGCAAUACCAGUAAAGACGAAGAGAGAAGACGAAAAGGUGGCUAUCACGAACUCUACAACGGGGUCGUCUGCAACGACACGAUCCUAGCAACCGGUGUCUUCAGUUCCAAAGAAUUGUGGAUGCUGUCAAAAGCUUCCAUACUGCAUGACCUCAGCGACAUGCAGCCCCAAAUAAACGCGAUCAAAAUAGAGCACCCGCCGUACUACUGCAGCAGCUAUACACCGCCGUCGGCUACCUCUGCAGACCAUGCACAACCUGCGGCCAGCUUCAGUCCCCCACCUGUACACCAGCUCAUAAGAAACGACAAGACUGAAAAAGCACCGACAGUAUCUGUGUCCAGUGCGUCAAACUUCUCUCCUGUCUUAAGGCCAGAAGAUGCUCACCGUGGAGUUGACUCUCCUCACUCUCAGACUGGGUUACAUUCUCCUCAUGAAGGAUUAGCCGGAGGUUCCGGGCAGAGCAUGUCGGGGCUAGCCUAUUAUCAACCGGAACAUCCUGGGACUACGACGGCGGCAAAGUAUCCGGAGAACGGCCACGACACCCUGUCCGAUUUUGUCACGUUCGUUUGUCAAGAAGCGGAAAAUACUCAGCAAUUACCUCAGACGCAGCUGACCGGACCCCGUGGUGGUAUGCAAAAGUUUUCACAGUAUUACCCAAGUUCGAUGCUUCCGCCCCCGCCACCGGCGCCGAUGGCACGUCCCGUAGCGAUAAUAAGAUCGACGGGCGAAUUGACGGUGACGACGGCCGGCUCACCCCCGACGUCACCGAGCGACCCCGGAGACCAGCUGGGCAACAGCACCGAUCAAAUGACGGCGGCCGGUCUGGUGAGCUCGUCUUGCCAAGGCUCCGUUGACCCCGGGGGAAGGAAAAGCCCGACGAGGAUCCUCGUCGCCGCACCGCACACCAGCCGAGAAUACACCUUCGCUCAUUUUCACUCUCAACCCGGACAGCAAAUAUUCACCUACCCGACGAUCGGUUCGAUGUCCGGCGUUAUCUCACCCACGAACUUGUCCCUAUUUUCGUCGCCCGCUUCCGUCAGUCGUCCCGUAGCGACGCAGAGAUCCGUUAGCAACGUACCUCCCCGUUGGAGCGCGGCGCCUUUCAUCAAUUUGGAGGACGAUUACAACAUGAUAGCUCCGAUAAUAGCGGGUACAGCGAGCGAACCCCCUUCGGCUAUGGACGAGGACCGGUACUUUCAUUCGGUCCACGCAAACAGUGGGUUGGAUAAGAGCGGGGCUGGUGGAAUGAUGGGUACCGAACUUGGUGUAACGAAUGAUCCUUCGGGUCACCAUCACCAUCACCAACAACAACAGCAGCAGCAACAGCAACAGCAACAGCAACAGCAACAGCAGCAACAGCAGCAACAGCAACAACAGCAACAACAACAACAACAACAACAACAGCAGCAGCAGCAACAAGUGAUGCAGGAUAAAUGCUGUCGGCCUAAAUCCUCUCCGUGACACCGGGGGAUUUCUCUCUUUCGCUUCAACUUCUUAAAGUUUUUAUCAUUUUUAUUGUUACUAUUACCACGAUCAUCUUUAUCGUUGUUGUCAUCAUUAUCAUUGUCAUUAUUAUUAUUACUACCACUAUUACUGCUACUACUACUACUACCACUACUACUACUACUACUGCUGCUACUACUACUACUACUACUACUACUAUUACUACCACUACUACUACUAUUAUUAUUAUUGCUAUUAUUAUUAAUAUUUUUGAUAACAACGAUACCAGAAACUAAAAAGAGAACUAACAUUUUCUUACUGCUGCGAUUAGGCAGAAGAUUAAUAAUCUGUAACUACUACUACUACCACUACUUUGUUCGAAUUGAAUCAACAGUGCUUGAAACCGGAGAUGAGAAAGGAAAAGAAUUAUUUUUAAUCGUUAUUCGUAAUAAAAAAGUCAUCAUAAUUUUCCGUACUACUCAAACGUAUACAUUACAUUAAUCACCAUACGAUGAUAAUACUAUAAUAAUGAUAAUGAUAAUAAUAAUAAUAAUAAUAAUAAUGAUGAUGAUGAUAAUAAUGAUAAUAAUGAUCAUGAUUAUGAUGAUUGAUUGAUUAAUGAUAAUGAUGAUGACGACGACGACGACGACAGCGAUAUUGUCGUUAUCGCAAGUACGGAAGGUGCCUUUUCACCGUCACUAUUUUGAUAAAACCAUUAAUAAUAAUGAUAGUAAUAAUAAUAAUAGUGAUGAUCAUAAUAAUAGUAGUAGCAAUAAUAACAAUAACGAUAACAAUAAUAACAAUAACGAUAAUAAUAACGAUAAUAACAAUAAAUAAGAAUUGCAACACCAACAACGAUUGAUAUUUAGAAAAUGUGUACGAGUGUGUGUGUGUGCGUGUGUGUGUGUAUCUCCUCAUGCAGUUCAUACAGUCACCCACGUUUGCCUUUAUCGAUAUUUAUAUAUGAUAUAUUAUUAUAUAUAAUAACAAUAACGAUACUGUAAUUUAAUAUCGAGGAGAACCUAAUUUACGUAUACAUAAUAAUUGAAUACUUAUAAACGCAACGUAAACCUAAACGUAAUGCAUAAUAUUAAUCUUGUAUUAUUAUUAUUAUUCUAGUUGUCCACUGCAAGUUAUAUGGAACUAUAAAUUUACGUCAGAAAAUUCGUAAUUCGUCGAUAACGAGGACAAUUUCAGAAAAAAAGCAAGAUCAAACGAACAAAAUAAGAAAUGGAGCGUCCUUUGCAUUAUAGGAUAUCCCGCGAUCUGAGUAAUUUUUUUGAAACGUAUAAAAAAAAACGAGAAAAUUCAUCUAUGAUUGAAUCUAUGUUGAAUAGAAGGAAAAAAAAAAAAUUUGAUAGGGAAGCAAUAAUGAAAAAACGAAAGAAAUGCUGCAGCAAAUUGAAUGAAAAAAGGAACGACAUCGUUAUAUUUGGGAGACUGAUUUUUCAUUCGCAAUAAAAAUGUAAUAAACUUUGACUUAAAAAACAAAGCGAAAAAGAAAAAUUAAAAUAAUCAAAACAUAAUGAUAGACGUGCAUAAAUGAUGUCAUUUAUUUCAUUAUUCGUAUUUCAUUGUUUUCGUUGCAAUUGAUCCGAUGAUAUGAUACAAAAUUAUUGAAAUCCGAUUACGAAUUUCUAUACGAUAUCAUUGUCAUUGAAAUUCUUUAUUCCUCCUUGUUUUUUACAGUCUUGGUUGAUUAGCCUUAGCUUUGUUGUAUUUAUUUCUCUGAGAUAUUUAUACGUAGAACGUGUAAAAUAGAAGUUUUUACCGGGACAAAGUCGACUAAUAAGUUUGUUGUUUUACAUAGUAACACGGUAUUUUUCAAACAGUAAAAAAGAAUAGAACAAACGAAAAAAAAAAACGCCGACGAUUGAUCCGCGGUUGGUGAUUUGCUCAA